UCCUCCAGACCCAGACCCACUUUCCCGCAUUCUGUAUCCUGCUUCCACUUUCCUGGAAAAUAUCAUGAGAAAAUUCUCAUUAUUAUUAUUAUUAUUAUUAUCACCACUGUCAGCUUUUUUCUCUGUAAAAUAAAAAAGCAAGCACUAAGACCCAGUUCGAUCUUUACACUCACAAUAAAAAAGCUUAGAUUUUUAUUUUUUUUAAUACAAUGCACAAUGGUAUCUCUACGUUUCGAGGCUCUCUGAGACCUCAUUAUUGAAAUGAACUUUCUUUACAUACCCUUUGUAAUCUCCUUACAGCUGUCUAUACAAAUGAGCUGUGUAUAAUCAAAGAUAUGUAUAUAUAUUAGGGUUUUGGAAGCCCUAGCUUUGGUCAAAAAGUGGGUUUCAUUUGACAGAUUUCAAUGUAUAAUAUAUAUAUAGAUAUAUUUCUGGGGUUUCGAGAGGGAAUCUGAAGUUUAAAUUCUCUGGAAAUGGCGGUUUGAUGUGAUUUUGAGGGUUUCACUGAGUUCUAGAAAUAGUGAAAAGUGUAAUAUGUGCUGAUUUUGAGGGUUGUAAUCUUUUGUUGGGGAGCUCUGAGAUUGAGGUGGAUGAAUGGUGGUGAGUUUUGGGUGGAUUUGUGUGUGCUUCUGGGUUGGUGGUUGUUUAAUUUGGUAAUUUGAGGUCCCAAAAGUUAAAAAUCUAUAUUGGUAGCUCUGAGAAGAAGAUGGGUUUUGAAUGAUAGUUAGGGUUUCAUUGUGUUUAUUGAACAUUUGAAUGAAUUAAACCUGAAGUCUGGUGGAUGUGGAAGAUUUGGGGAACUUUGACAGAGAUUUGUGUAGAACUGAAGGGGUUUCUUUAGAUGUCAGGAGCUCCAAGAGUUAGAUCAUCAAACUUGGCUGGUUCGGAGGCCAGACCGGUCUUUGGACCUGCGGGUAACAAGGUACAGAGGUUGGGGAGUGCCCGUAAACCCAUGAUGAAGACACUGAGAACUGAAGAGAAUUCGCUAGAGGAGGUUGCGGCAUUGGCAGAAGAGAGUAAUGGUCUUCCAUCAUCCACUGUUGCUUCACCAUUGAUACCUUUGUCGCAUUCAGUUAGUAUUCCGUCGGCACUUAGUAGACAAGAGCAUUUACUGCAUUCUAAUUUAUCACUCAAUGCUUCGUGUUCGUCUGAUGCAUCUUCGGAUUCAUUUCAUAGUCGUGCAUCAACUGGUAGGAUAUAUAGGAGAAAUAGUAUGUCCGUCCGUAGGAAGCAAUUAGCCAUUAAGUCAGAAAUUAGUGUAUCUGAUGCCAUUUCAGAGGCUCUACCUGGCAGCUUACAACCCAAGAAAAGGUGUGCCUGGGUGACACCAAAUACUGACCCUCGUUAUGCUGCUUUCCACGAUGAAGAAUGGGGACUCACUGUACAUGAUGAUAAGAAAUUGUUUGAGCUUCUCAUCUUUUCGGGGGCUUUGGCUGAACUUACAUGGCCAGCGAUUCUCACCAGAAGGCACAUAUUCAGAGAAGUCUUUGCAGAUUUUGAUCCCAUCUCUGUGGCAAAAUUUACGCUAUGUUUGGAUUGAGUGAUUUGGAGAGAAAA